AUGAAGAGCAUUCUAGCACUUUGUGACUGUCUUUGGGCCUGGACCCUGCUUUUGAAUACACUGACUGGAAGAAGCUAUGGACAAACUUCAUUACAAGAUGAAAUUAAAGACAAUACUACAGUGUUUACCAGAAUACUGGAUCGUCUGCUGGAUGGUUAUGAUAACCGCCUGAGACCAGGAUUGGGAGAGCGUGUAACUGAAGUGAAGACUGACAUCUUCGUCACCAGCUUUGGGCCUGUCUCCGACCACGAUAUGGAAUAUACAAUAGAUGUAUUUUUCCGUCAAAGUUGGAGAGAUGAGAGACUAAAAUUCAAAGGACCCAUGACAGUCCUCCGGCUAAAUAAUUUAAUGGCCAGCAAGAUUUGGACACCUGAUACUUUUUUCCACAAUGGAAAGAAAUCAGUGGCUCACAACAUGACGAUGCCUAACAAACUACUACGAAUUACAGAGGAUGGGACACUGCUGUAUACAAUGAGACUGACUGUGAGAGCAGAAUGUCCAAUGCAUUUAGAAGACUUUCCAAUGGAUGCACAUGCUUGCCCAUUGAAAUUUGGAAGCUAUGCCUAUACCAGAGCGGAGGUUGUGUAUGAAUGGACAAGGGAACCAGCAAGGUCUGUGGUUGUGGCUGAAGAUGGCUCUCGACUGAACCAAUAUGAUCUUCUGGGGCAAACUGUGGACUCUGGAAUUGUUCAGUCCAGUACAGGGGAGUACGUUGUUAUGACUACCCACUUCCAUUUGAAGAGAAAGAUUGGUUACUUUGUCAUUCAGACAUAUCUACCAUGCAUCAUGACAGUGAUUCUGUCCCAGGUGUCCUUCUGGCUUAACAGAGAAUCUGUUCCAGCAAGAACUGUAUUUGGAGUGACAACUGUUCUCACAAUGACCACCUUGAGCAUCAGUGCAAGAAAUUCCCUUCCAAAGGUGGCCUAUGCCACAGCUAUGGAUUGGUUUAUAGCAGUGUGCUAUGCAUUUGUGUUUUCAGCACUCAUCGAAUUUGCAACAGUGAACUACUUCACAAAGAGAGGUUACGCAUGGGAUGGCAAAAGUGUUGUUCCUGAAAAGCCAAAGAAACUGAAGGAUCCUCUCAUUAAGAAAAAUAACACAUACACAGCAGCAGCAACAAGCUACACCCCUAAUAUUGCCAGAGACCCUGGGCUGGCUACCAUUGCUAAAAGUGCAACAAUAGAGCCCAAAGAAGUUAAACCAGAAACAAAACCACCAGAACCCAAGAAAACUUUUAACAGUGUCAGCAAAAUUGAUCGACUAUCAAGAAUAGCUUUCCCACUGCUUUUUGGAAUCUUUAAUUUAGUCUACUGGGCAACUUAUUUAAACAGAGAGCCCCAGCUGAAAGCCCCAACUCCACAUCAAUAA